UAACUACUAACUUAGUUUCCAUUCGCCUUGUCACCGCUAGGGGCCGCACUCCUCUCUUUUGUGUGUGGUGAGAAAGUGAAGACAGUCAAAGUGGGCCAUGGUGUUGUUGUGGAGGACAAGCUAACUUUUGUCGAUGGAAAUCUGGCCUGCUCUCUUCGCUGGUGUUUCCUGCUAACGUCGAUGUUAGCAACUAGCUUGUUCGCGUAAAUGCUCUUCACUAGAAUGGACCUGUUGAACUCUCAGUUCCUGGACAAGAUGAACAAUAACAUCGGGAGACUGCACUACGACGGUGAGUCCAGGACACCCUCCCUGUCCACUGCUAUGUCUAACAUAACCGGGGCCCCUCCACACUGUCCAAGCAAGCGAAAAUAUGGUGAAGAACAUAUGGAUGACCGAAUCAACUGUGAUGAUGACCACAUGACCAAAAUGAGCAGAUUGUUUGCCACUCAGCUGGCCCGUCCCUCUGCUGGAGACAACAGUACUGAGCACUGGAGCCACAGUCCUGUGGACCAUGUCACAUCCUCCUCUAAUGGUCUCCAUGGGACUCGCAUGUUUGCUUCCAUUUCUGACUAUGCUGUGGAUCAGCCUGUGCCUCUGACCAAAAGCAGCCACGAUGUUGGUGGCAGAGAGAGGUCUGUCAUAAGUGGAACUGUUGAGCGGCAGCAGAAUCGUCCCUCCGUUAUUAUCUGUGCCCCGGCGAGCAACCGCAAUUGUAAUCUCUCUCACUGCCACAUGAAUGGCUCCUCUCCCAGCCCACCUGCUGAUCAGAGGAAGGCCAAUGCUAAUACCGUAUGUGACCCUGUUAUCGAGGAGCACUUCCGUCGCAGCCUGGGGAAAAACUACAAAGAGGCGGAGCCUGUGUCCAACUCGGUGUCCAUCACGGGCUCGGUGGAUGACCACUUUGCCAAGGCACUGGGAGACGCCUGGCUCCAAAUCAAGGCCAAGGGUGGCGGUCAUCAGACACCAGAGGCGGAUUCAUGAAGCAGAGGGGAGUAAACGAUACAAUCACCUUCUUAGCCUAGCAUCAAUUUCCCUUAGCCAAGAACAAUGAAAGACAAAUACUCUGGUGCUCCACGGCUGUUCACAUCUGGACACUGAGGUCGACUUGUUUGUAGAAAAGUCUUUAAAAUUCUGAAAGUCUCUAAACUGAAGAAGGAAAAAAAAAAAGUAAAUAUUAGAUGCCGUCUUUGGACCGGCAGCGUCGUUUGUGGAAAUUAUACAAUCAUAGUUUUUAUUUUGCAUUAAUGACGACGUUUCUCAAAGCAGGUGGUUGGUUAGUCUAGGUUCUAUUUUCUACCUGCUUUUCACUUGCCUUACUAGCCAAAGAAAUCCCCUGCCUUUUUUAUAUCAACAAAUAAGCCAUAGAUCUGGGUUUCAUCAUUGUCAUUCUCAUAUCACAUUCACUGCUAUCCCGUCUGUAUUACUUGAAAGUGACAGCCAGGUCUCAUUUGCACUAUUGCGUUUCUGACCGGUGAGGUAGUUGGUGACCCGUUCAAGUUCACGUUGUAUUGGAAUUAUCACAAACGCGUCUAAGGCUCUGGUUCCCCAGCUUCCUGAAGACAAAACUGUCUUUAUGAUCCCGAACUGGACGUAUCCACUGUCGAUUUAUAAGAAGAAAAAUUAAAAAAAUUUAAAAAAGUUAAUACCUAAAUUUUAUUUUUCCUGUCUAUACGCUCACUGAGGCUAAUUACUUAGUAAAACUAAUAUCAAUCAUAGUACAUAUUGCUAACUAGAAAGCAUGUUUUCAAAUAGCUGGUUUCUAUUACAAUCCUUUAUUUUAUACUAUGAAUAUAUUUACUCUGAAUUUAUUUUUUAUCUGUAACGUUUUUAGAAAUACUCACUGCUGGUACAGUUGUACUCAAUAUAUUUUUUUGUAUCUGGUUUUCAUGACUAUAUGUAGUUCCGUCGUAUCCAUCUACACACCGCAGCCUCUGGACAGGUUGUCUGAAUGCAGUUUAAUAAGAAAAUAAAAAGCGUCCGGUUGCUUUGUUAUUCUGCAGUGCUGUAUGCUUCACACACGGCUGAAUACAGCAAAUUCUCACCCUCUGUAGUGAGACUGUAGUGCAGUCUGUUCGCAGUGGCUUUAUUUAUUCUCAGCACAUUUAUAUAUUGACAACAGAAUUCUUACUUUGCUUCAGUGACAAUUUAAUGUCCCUUUAAUUUUGAACCCAGAAGUAAUUCUGGUGUCAACAUUCCACCACGACUGCCUGGCACACGUUUUCAAACGAGUUUAUCAAAUACUGUUACAAGCAUGACUCUUGUCAUGUGAUUAUGAAUUUAUCAUGGGGAGAGCCAUAAAAAUCUGAUUUUUCUUUUUUUUUUAUAUGCAGUUGAGUUUUGUUUAAAAUUAAUUUCUUUCCCUCCUGAAAAUUGUCUACUUGUAGUAGCAUAACCUAUUGGUCAACACUGAUUAAGAUAGAGUAUUGUAAAUUCAGACUUUUCUAUUGUCGAUUAACUUGUCUGUGAAAACAUAUACAUUUAUAUUAAUAUUUUUACACUUUCUUUGUUGUUACAUACACUUUCCUGUCUUUAUAUUUUAUUUUACCCAUGUAAGACUAUCAUUGCGCCGCGCGGAAUGAUUAUAGAUAUUUUGUUUUCUAUUCAGAGUAGUGUACUCGUGUCACAUGGACGCGCAUUAUCUUUUCCACCAUGCGUUCUGUCUUCUUUUCUAAACGUUGAUUACACAUUUAUCAGACGAUUAAAGUGCAGGAACACAACAGUCUUUAGAUCAAAGACUUUUCUCAGUGCAGUGUCAGCGAGACCUCUACACUAACAAGUUUAAGGAGUGACUCUGUGUACCAUAGUGGAAUUUAGGGAUUAUUAUGGGAUCUGCUUGUUUGACACAAGUAGAUUUUUCUAAGUACUAUUAGUCCGUUGUUAUUUAAUUGUUGUAUUUAGACAAGCUGUAUCUCAAAGGCUGUUAGAUGAAAGGACCUGCUCCAGGUGUCUUCCAAAAUGGAAAACAUACUGUAUGUUCACUUUUGUUCUUACUUCUCUGGAAGAAAAUGCCACUGUUUGUACUUAACUUCUUCCAAAUAAACAUACAACAGUU